AUGUCUAGCCCUCCGUCGCGCAUUCGAUCCAUUGUCAACCACCUGCUGCCCGCUGCGCCGCCCCCGGCGCACAUCCACCACCUCUCCCCGACCUUCUUUCUGGAGCGCGCGGCCUCCAUCGAGCCGCAUGCUGACGCCGUCGUCCACAUCACCGCCAACGGCGUUGCUCUCCGUCGCUCCUACCAGCAGACUGCCGACCGCGCCCGCGGCCUGGCCUACUACCUCAAGAAGCGCGGCCUGAAGCGCGUCGGCAUCCUCGCGCCCAACACGCCCGCAUUUCUUGAAUCCCUCUAUGGCAUCGUGGCCGCUGGCGGCGUCGUCGUCCCCGCAAACUACCGCCUCAAGCCCGACGACAUUGCCUACAUCUUCGAGUUUGCAGAGGUAGACUCUAUCAUCGUGGACAGGGAGUUUGCGGACCUUCUCAGCAGCUACAUAUCUAAACACAGCAAGGUUCCGAUAAUUGUAGAUGAUGACACAGACGUUGUGAGCGGCCCUAAUGCUAGCCAAUACAAUCAAGCCGUUAUGGAAGGUCUCACCUACGACGCUGAGCAAGGCGCCAAGGGAUGGUACGGGCUUCACGCACACGCAGACAAUGAAGAUGACAUGCUCGCCAUCCCAUUCACCUCGGGCACGACGUCCAAGCCUAAAGGCGUCGUUUACACUCACCGCGGCGCCUAUCUUGCAGCAGUUGCAAACAUUAUCGAGUCUGGUCUGAAUCACGGCCGCUGCAGAUAUCUUUGGACCUUGCCCAUGUUUCAUGCAUGCGGAUGGACGUUCCCGUGGUCCAUUGUCGCGGUGCGGGGUGUAAACGUCUGUUUGCGCAGGAUUGAUUAUCCCACCAUUUGGCGCCUACUCAAGGAUGAGGGCGUCACUCACUUCAACGCCGCCCCGACUGUUAACACGUUGCUUGUUACUGCCAAGGAGGCUGUCAAGCUUCCGCAUCUAGUUCGAGUGACUGUUGCAGCGAGUCCGCCCACUGGCCACUUGUUUGAGCAAAUGACUAACCUCAAUCUCAUGCCCGUACAUGUUUACGGCAUGACGGAAACAUAUGGUCCUAUAACAAAAUGCUAUCCUAUGCCUGAAUGGGACAGUCUCCCUCCGGCCGAAAAGUACGCUAAGAUGGCCCGUCAAGGCCACGGCUUCAUCACCAGCCUGCCGAUCCGCGUUAUCAAGCCCGACCAACCCGACGACUUGCUCAUCGAUGUGGCCAAGGACGGCAAGGAGAUUGGCGAGAUCGUUUUCUUUGGCAACAUCUGCGCCAAGGAAUACUACAAGGACGCGGCGGCGACGCGGAAGCUGUUCGCCGGCGGCGCGCUGCACUCGGGCGACCUCGCGGUGUGGCACCCGGACGGCAGCGCGCAGAUCCUGGACCGUGCUAAGGACAUCAUCAUUUCGGGCGGCGAGAACAUCUCGUCGGUCGCGCUGGAGGGCAUGCUGGUGCAGCACCCGGACGUGCUCGAGUGCGGCGUCGUGGCGGUACCGAGCGAGCAAUGGGGCGAGGUGCCUAAGGCGUACAUCACAGUAAAGGAGGGCAGGGAGGCGAUUCGGGCUGCGGACCUGAUCGCCUGGGCGAGGAGCAACAGCGCGAUAAGCAGGUUCAUGGUGCCCAAGGAGGUCGAGGUCGUGGCGGAGCUGCCGAAGACGAGCACGGGUAAGAUCAAGAAGAAUGAUUUGCGCGAUUGGGCCAAGAAUGGCCGCAAGUCUGCUUAG